AUGACAAGUAGAAUAAAAUUACCAUUUAAAUUAGGUGAUUCGAAGAAAAUAACUGAAGUUGAUGUCAAUGAACCAUUGAAAAAAGAAGAUUUUUCAUUGAGUGAAAUCGUUCGAUAUGGUUUUCCGUACCGACCAACAACACUUGCUUACGAUCCUGUUCAAAAACUUUUAGCCAUCGGAACGAAAAAUGGAAUCAUUAAAAUUUAUGGUGGUGCAUUUGUCGAAUGUUCACUUGAACAUCCGAGUGAGGUUGAAAUUGUUCAAUUAGUGUUUCGUAUUAAUGAAGGGGCAUUGAUCAGCGCAUGCCGAGACAAUUAUAUUCAUUUAUGGAAUUUACGGCAGAAGAAACCAGUGAUUGCUAGUUCACUUCAAUUUGUUAAAGAGAAAAUUAGCCGUUGUUUAUUACCACUCGCUUUUAAUUCAAAAUGGCUAUUAGUUGGAACUUAUUGUGGUAAUGUCUAUGUUGUUAAUUUGGACACAUUUACACUUUCAUCAUAUAAAAUUAUGUGGAAUAAUGCCAUUGGAAUGGGUAAAAGUUCUCAUCCAGGAGUUGUUGUUGAUUUAUGUCAAAAUCCUGAUGAUCCGACACGCUUGUACAUUGGAUUUAGUACACACCUAUCAUUACCAAACAGUGUCCCAGUCGGGCAUGUCAUUUGCUGGAAUUUACAACAGAAAACAUCAGAAAGUGUUUACAGUUUACCACAAGGUUUAACGUCACUUUCAUGGCAUUACGAGGGUCGGCAAUUUAUGUGUUCGCAUUGUGAUGGAUCACUAUCCGUAUGGAAUCUUCGAGCGAAUGACAAACCUGUUAGCGUGAACUAUCCACACACUCGUAUUUGUAAAGAUGAACCGUCGAAAUUCGGUCCGGUUACGAAAGUUGUUUGGAGCGCUGUUAAAAGCUCUGGUGAUUCAUUCAUUAUCUUUUCUGGUGGUAUGCCACAACAAAAUGAUCAACAGCAGAAUUCAUUGAAAAAUUCGUCAUGUUUUUUAACUAUACUUCGCGGGCAAACAACAAAUGUCUUACAUAUGGAUAAUUCCAUUGUUGACUUUUACGUUGUUACACCAUCGCCACAUAUUGCUGAUGUUCCGGAUCCGGUUGCAGUCAUCGUUCUACUAGAAAAUGAUCUUGUUGUCAUUGAUUUAAAGAGCGAAAAUUAUCCAUUAUUCGAAGGCCUUCAUACACUGGAUUUACACGAAUCGCCAAUAACAUAUUGUUAUUAUAUCACUGAACCAAAUUCGAUUUUUUAUCAAAAUUUGCUUCGUUUGCAAUCGAAACAAACAAGCAAACGAACUUAUAGUCAAAUGGAAAACCCAAUAUCAGGUGGUCGAUAUGGCUCAACAAUUUUUGGUUAUAAUGAAUUGAUUAUCACUGGACAUGCGGAUGGUUCAAUUAAAUUCUGGGAUGCAUCCGGCUGUAAUCUUGUAUUUCUUUACAAACUGCGUACCAAUCGUUUAUUUGAUCGUAUUCAAAUCAAUGCAUCGGCAUCGUCACAUGUCGCAAGUUCAAAUCCAUCUAAAGACGUCAAUUCAAAUAUCAAAUUUGACUCGAAGUCAACUCGUGCGAAUAGCAAUACGAACGAUGAACAAUUGCAACAAAUGUUAUUGAGUGAUGAUAAUCCAUUCAGUAUUUACUCGAUAAAAAUGUGUUGUGAUGGAAAGUAUUUGAUUGCAGCUGGCCGUGGCGGACAUGUAACAUUGUUUAAAUUUACCGGAUCAGAAUUAGAGAAAGCAGAUGAAGGUCUAGGAGAUUUAUCAUGUCUGGAAAUCCCGAUAUUUCAUCGAAACUUAUCAAGUAAUCAUGAUGAUCUGAAUUCAACAUCGAACAGUUCAAUCCUGAAUGAUUUACAGGCUAUUGCUAUCAAACAAAACCUGGAGAAAAAGGAAUUUAAAAGUUUACUUCGAGCAAAAAUGGGCUAUCGAAGAAUGGCUGGCUAUCAACCUGAACUUGUCUGUUUACUAUCAUGGUUACCAACUGAUAAAGUGCCAAUUCUCACUGAUAUUGCCAUCAAUUCGAAAUAUGGCUUAUUAAUAUUUGGACUCGAAAAUGGCCUUGUUGUGGUGGAUUAUUUAAGUAAAUUCAUUUUGAUGAAUAUGGCCACAUCAGAUCUGUACGGAACAAUGGAUCCGUUUCAACGUGCAACUUCUUCACCGAAACGUCGUGGAACGUCAAACGAAUCGAACAAUGACGACUCCAAUACAUUUUCUUACGAAUAUCAGCGAUCAUUAUCACCUAAUUCGGCUCCAUUGUCGAAUAUAUUCUCAUUUAAUAAUCUCGACGAAAACUUUUCCAAGAAUCACUUGCAACCAUUCGACCAAUACACGCAAAUCUAUCGCUCACGCUCGAUUGAAUCGAUGUCGACACUCGAUCCGAAUCUGAUAGGAAACUAUUCGGAAGAGAAAACAUUUUCAUCAACUAAUCCAACAUUAGCUAAAACAUUUCGAACAAUACGUAAACAUCUCACACGAACGACAAAUAAUAAAAAUGACAAUCAAAUUCUCUUCGAUGAAAGCGAUAUCAACAAUCUCAACGAUGAGUUUCAUGCGAAUUUUCCUAAACAAACCAUAACUACGGUGACAAUCAAACGAACAAUACCUGCCGAUAAGACUUUAACAACAUUUGAGAGUCAAUCAUCGUCGUUGAAUGAAGCGUAUCCGACAUUUGACUAUGUCAAAGACAGACUCCCGAAGCAAAAAACCGAGUUUUAUCAACAGUCAACCGCCAAUAAGCAAGCAGUAUCAACAAUGUAUACGACAUAUCACACGCAUACAGUUACACCAUCCUCACCUCCUACGAAUCCAUCAAAUUUAAUUGAAAAACGAACAUUGACUCAAUCGAAUGAUGCUAAUUCAGCUGUUUACAAACCAUUGGUUAUUGAUCUUCCACGUUCUUCAAGUACAUCUAGUCUAGACCAAAUAGUCACCAAUGAAAGUGUUUGUGCUAUUCAAUUUUCCGAAUCAUUUACGUACAAAAACGAUUCGACUAUUUCACCAAGUGUUUGGCUUGGUACGAGUACUGGCUCUGUUAUUGUUGUUAACUUAAAUAUUAUUUUUGAACCGAGAAAUAUCAGUGUUGUCCCGAGUGGAAGUGUAUUUCGACUAGCUGGCCGAAUUCUACAUAUUUCUUUUCUGGAUCAUAAGGGAGCGAUCCUACCAACGCCGAGUGAAAAAUGGGAAACGAAAAAAACGAAAACUAAUCGAAUGACCGAUGGAACGCAAGAUUUAAAUCCUUCAUCAGUUGUUUUACCAACUGGUAAUUCCGUGCUUUCUUCAACAACGACUGUUGCAUCGAAUAAUACUCAAUAUGCUGUAUUUUGUUCAUCAAGAGAAGCUCGAGUUAUCGCAUUACCAUCACAAGCUUCAAUAUCAAAGCAGAAGAUUUACGAUUCACUUGGAACGUCAGCAUCGAAUAUUAUUCGAGCGUCAGUUGUUAAAAUUGCUGGUGCUGCUUGUUUAACAUGUUAUUUAGCUGCAGGUCGUAUCCAUAUUUAUAGUUUACCGAGUCUACGCGAAUUAUUCACUACAAAUCUUGAGCCAGUCAUUGAUUCGUGCAGAUCAAUGAUAGGUUUAUCGUUUACACUUACAAACCGUGGUCAUGGACUCUUCAUGUGUUCACCGACUGAGAUUGAAAAAAUAUCGAUUUCUUCUGAUGUCAAAGAACAAAUCAAUGAAAUGCUUUGCGAAUUGUAUAGUCCAUCGAUACUAAUGCCUGAAGCACCGAGACAAAACUUCUUUGCUAAAUUAUUCGCUUCAAAUGCAAUGAUUGACUCAGAUCAAUUAUUCGGUGAGGCAGCUGGUAAAGCUCCGGCUGGCGUUAUUAGAAAAGAAAUAGUCAAUAUUAACAUGAAUCAAUUACGUGGCAGUGCUGAUUCAGCAGGUAGUGUUAUACAUGACACUCGAAUGAAACUUAUCGAACGUGGUCAAAAAUUGAAUGAAACCGAACUAGCGUCAAAACAAAUGGCCGAUCGCGCCGAGGAAUUUUCUAGUUUAACACAUAAAGUAAUGUUAAAACAAAAGGAGAAGGCCGAAUGGUCAUGGCCAUUCACAUCGAAAAAAUAG